GUGCUGCUCCCCGAUGUCAACAUCCUGAUCUACGCGCACCGCGAGGACGGCCCGGAACACGAGCGAUACGCUGGCUGGCUGCGCGCACUGACCGUUUCGUCCGCUCCGUUCGCGCUGUCCGAAGUCGUGCUCGCCGGCUUUUUGCGGAUCGUGACGAACCGGAGAAUCUUCGAUCCCCCGACCCCGAUGGACACCGCCAUCCGGUUCUGUCAGCAGCUGGUGACGCGGCCUCGUGCGGUCAUGAUCGCUCCCGGCCGGCGGCAUUGGGACAUUUUCGUCGGGUUGUGCCGGAAGAUUGAGGGGCCGCUCGUGACGGACGCAUACUUGGCGGCGCUGGCCAUCGAACAUGGGUGCGAGUUGGUCUCUACCGACAGCGAUUUCGCUCGUUUUCCGGAGCUUCGGUGGCGACAUCCACUCGCGCCAUCCGGCUGA